CCCUCCUCUCUCCCUCCCUCCCGGCCGCGGAGCAGCAUGGCGGAGCCCGGGCAGCGGCCGCGCGGCCGCCCGCCGCCCCUCUGAGCCGGGCUUGGGGCAGCGGGCGCCCCAGACCCGACCCCCGCCCUGCCGCGCCCUCCGCCGCACUUGUCCCACUGCGCGCCCCCUGGAGCGCCGCGCACCCCUGGGACCUUUGCGUUUUCCGGGUGCCCAGCGUAACCCGAGAGCCUUGCGCACCCCGGGAUUCGGUACUGCCCCAGGAACCCUGCGUGCCCCUGGACCCCUACGCAGCUCGGGGACCCCCGCGCGCCCCAAGACCCUGCGCGCCCUCAGAACCCCCGGGCUCGGCCAACAGGGCUGCGCGCCCUAGUGAGGGGGGCCCCGCCCCAGAGGGUCCCCCUCUUCCAACAGUCGGAGCCCCGCCCCAGAGGGACCCCCAGGUCUGAUAGGGACAUCCAGCCACGCCCCAGAGGGCUUCCAGCAUCCCGCGUCUGGAGCCCCGCGCUCCAGAGGCUCCUCAGUGCCCAGCUGGGGGCUCCCGCCCUGCUCAGGGGGUGCUGCCUAGGAGGGUUCCCCGCGGGCCCCGGCAGGAUGCACGCCGCCCUAGCGGGUCCGCUGCUCGCCGCCCUCCUCGCCACCGUUCGCGCCCGCCCGCAGCCCCCGGACGGAGGACAGUGCCGGCCCCCAGGAUCGCAGAGGGACCUGAAUUCUUUCCUGUGGACUAUUCGGCGUCACCCCCCAGCCUACCUGUUUGGCACCAUCCAUGUCCCCUACACCCGCGUUUGGGAUUUCAUCCCUGACAACUCCAAGGCGGCCUUCCAGGCCAGUGCCCGCGUCUACUUCGAGCUGGACCUGACAGACCCCUAUACUAUCUCUGCACUGGCCAGCUGCCAGCUGUUGCCGCACGGAGAGAACCUGCAGGAUGUGCUGCCCCGAGAGCUCUACUGGCGGCUGAAGCGCCACCUGGACUAUGUGAAGCUGAUGAUGCCAUCAUGGAUGACUCCUGCUCAGCGGGGCAAGGGGCUCUACGCGGACUACCUGUUCAAUGCCAUUGCAGGCAACUGGGAGCGCAAGAGGCCUGUGUGGGUGAUGCUCAUGGUGAACUCUCUCACGGAGACGGACGUGCGCUCUCGUGGUGUGCCCGUGCUGGACCUCUACCUGGCCCAGCAGGCCGAGAAGAUGAAGAAGAGCACAGGGGCUGUGGAGCGGGUGGAGGAGCAGUGCCAUCCACUCAAUGGGCUCAACUUCUCCCAGGUGCUGUUUGCCCUGAACCAGACCCUGCUGCAGCACGAGAGCGUGCGGGCUGGGAGCCUGCAGGUGCCCUACACCACAGAGGACCUCAUCAAGCACUACAACUGCGGGGACCUCAACGCCGUCAUCUUCAACCACGACACGUCCCAGAGGAUAUUGGAAUUGAUGACAGGCAUGCACGAAGCAUGUAGCCCACUGUCCAGCCUCGUAAAGCUACCCAAUUUUAUCAACACUACCCUCCCACCGCAUGAGCAAGUGACAGCCCAGGAGAUUGACAGCUACUUCCGCCAGGAGCUCAUCUACAAGAGGAAUGAACGCAUGGGGAAGAGGGUCAUGGCGCUUCUGCAGGAGAAUGAAGACAAGAUCUGCUUCUUCGCCUUUGGAGCAGGUCACUUUCUGGGGAACAACACUGUCAUUGAUGUCCUGCGGCAGGCAGGGCUGGAGGUGGACCAUACUCCUGCGGGGCAGGCCAUCCACAGCCCUGCUGCUGGGAGCCCAGUGCCCCCUCCUGAGGGGACCUCAGCCAGCCCUGCCCCAGCUACCCCAGCUGCCGCUGUCCCUGCAGCACCCUCAGUGACCCCCACCACCCCGCCUGAGGAGGAUGACCCAGCCCUGUCCCCGCACCUCCUGCUCCCUGACAGCCUCAACCAGCUGGAGGAGUUUGGACGGCAAAAAAAGUGGCACAAGAGGCAGAAUAAACACCAGCGACCGCGGCAAUUCAAUGACCUCUGGGUCCGCAUCGAGGACAGCACCACCGCCUCGUCACCCCUGCUGCCCCUCCAGCCCACCCCCAGCUCUGGGACUGCCAAGACCCCCUUCCAGCUCUCGGACCAGCCCCAACAGCAGGACCCAGCAGGGCCCGCCAGCAGCUCAGCGCCCACCCUGGGCCUCCUCCCCAUCCUCACCGCCACCGUUGUGGCCCCCUUCCUGCUGCACAAUCUGGGGCCCUCCUGACUUCCGCCACCCCGUGCAGAAGCCAGAGAAACAAGGGUCCUCGGCCACACCCCACCGCUCUGGGGCAUGUCCAACCCCUCUGGGGCAGUCCAGUCGGGACCCAUUAGAACACUAGAGCUUUAUUUUACCCAAGUUACAUCUUCUUUUUUGUAGAAGGUCUUAAUUUCCCAUAGUGCUAUGGGGCUCUUUUGUAAAAUAUGUGUCCAUAUUAAAAGAGAAAAAUGUAUUUAUUCUACCGAUAAAACUAUUUUUAUGUGGCCUAUGUUAUAACUCCUGAAUUAGCCCCAACAUCAUCAACUCAGGGGUGGGGAUCCCCGGUUGUCAAGACAUCUAUGACCUCGUGUGGACCGUGGCUUUCAACCGGCUUGCUCCUGGAUGGCAGAAGCCUCCUGACUCUAGCUUGGCUUCUCCCACUGCGGGAGCUCCGAGGGUGGGGCAAGCAAACAGGCUUAGCUUUUGUGAAGCUGGAUUUUGGGAGCCGGAAGUGUGAACGCUGGCCAUCCUUUCCUCCCCUGGAUGCAUCCCGGGGCCUGGAAGACACAUUGAGAAAAAGAAUGCUGCUAUUUUAAAACCCCUGAGCGUCUGUGAACUGGCCCUCCAGACCUCUCGGUGAGUACUUCAACCAAAGUGCAGGGGUGCGGAGGGAGGCGUUCCCAGUGCCACAGAGCAGAUGCUACAACGAGAUCCAAAGAGAGCCAGUUGGGGCUGCCCAAGGUCGGGAUGCCAAUGGGAGAACAAAACACGGGUCUCCGGGCCUUGUCUGGCACUGUUGUUCCAACUUGGGUUAAAUAAGGGCUGUUGUUGAAGACACGGCUAAGUAAAGCCAACUGGGCUUAAAGACAGAAAUGGGUAUAGAAGGCAAUUUCAGGGACAGGGCUCUAGGGGUCACCUGUUAUGAUGAUAACAAUGGUGAUGAGAGCUGCCAUUUGUCCAAAUCCUACAGCAUGGUGGGCACUUGGCACAUUCACUUCAUCAUGGAUCCUCAUGCCAGUGCUAGAUACGAUGAUUUCCAUUUCACAGAUGAGAAAACUGAGCCCCACCCCCAAAGAGGUGAAGGAACUUGUGCAAGGUCACCCAACUCUAGAUCUGUGUGACACAAAAGUGAUUCUUGUCUUGUGGUCCAUGUUCUCUCUGCUCAGGGAAGCUCUAAAGGAGGCAGAGCCCACCAAACUGGGACAUGCCCAAGCUUCAACCCUUCCCAUGCCGGCCGAGUGACCAUUUGACUAGUUAUUCCUAUUGGUCUCUAUGACCUAAGAGCUUCGGCAACAGCAGGUGCUACGUGUCCUAUGCCCCGACUUGUCAAAUCUUGGAGCCAAGGAGAGACUUUCCUGCCAAAUCAGAGACUGGAAGUGGGGUACAACCAGGAGGGCCCUGGAAGACAGAGCAGCGAUGUGGGGACAGGCAGGCAGCUGAGACUAAGACAGACUUAGCCAACCCCUCUCUCCCCAAGGUGGUGGCUCAAGAGACAGAGAACCCAGGUAGGCUGACUCUGAGCCCUGACCUCUCAGCUGAUCUGGGGCUCACUAAUUAUAUUCAGAGCCCUAGAUCCUGCAAAAGGAGGAAGAAAAAACAACUCUCACUUGAUAAAUCAUAAUAAUAGUAAGAGCAAUAAUGAGGCCCAGAGGAGGGAGACACUUUUCCAAGGCAACACAGCUAGGCAGGCCUACUGACUCCAGCCCCAUGCUGACUAGCUUCUCUGUACAUAGGUUUCCUGGCAGACUUGGAGGUAUCUGAUUGACCCCAGUGCCAUCGGGCGCAGUUUGGCAUCUGUCUCUGUUCUGAGGCAGCAAAAUUUGGGGCCACUUGUUGGAUGGCCAGAGGUUUCGCUGACAUCCUGGCAGGCAACUGAAUUCUUUCUAGCUCAGUCCCAGCGGACGAGUUUGAGCCUGAGACCUGGCAGGAGCUAGGAUCUCUGCUUCAGAGAGUCGAUCCCAGCCCCAUGGGCACCACGUUCUAAACUGAACUUGACCUCAGCCAGGACUGGAGUCAGUUUAUGCUUGGCAAAAAAAAAAAAAAAAAAUGUGACUUCCUAUUUCUGAGCAGGAAAGGGCUUAGCUGACUUAUAAAGCAGGCUCAGAAGUUGGACAUCAAACGGAUCGUGCAGAGCGCUAUUGGGAUGAGAUAAGUGUAAAGGAAUUAGAAACACACAGGCCAGAUUCCCCUCUGUUUGGGGCAGAGAAUGGCAUGAGAUGAUGGAGAUUGAGCCUGAGGUUAAUUAAAGAUGAAGCAUUUGGGGAAACAGUCCAGGCACCUGACUGUGCCCAGAUCUGUGCCAGGAAUAGGGCCAAAAAGGUGAAUUAACGCAGCAUGUAAUUACAGAGCACAUGCAGGGCCCGGCUCACAGCACUUGGGGCUGACUGUAACCACCCUUCCUCGUCUGCAGAAACUCACUAUCAAGAUGGGAAGGGCAGCCCCAUCCAGCUGGUGCUCUGCUGGCCCCUGACUUCAGGUCCAUUCAGCCCUCAUCUUUCCAGAUCCUUCCACUGGACCAGAGGGAGAUUUCAAAUUCUCCCUCAACCAGUCAUGUGUUUAUAAAAAGGCGAAUGUAGCCUACAGAUUAGGUAGACAUGUGCCAGAGGAGAGCCAGGGCUAAUGUGGGUCAGACAUCCAGAGUUAGAGUUCACGGGUCCCCAAGGCCACCAAACCGAACCUGAUGACUAUGUCACCUGAGACCUGGAGCUCAUAAACAGGAAUCUGCAUGGCUGGGGCACUUGAAUUCUCUCAUCCUGUGCCAUAGAACUACUAUUCUAUAAGCAGCCACCUUUGGAACGUUCUAUUCCCCUAGCCUAUAAAAUGUCCUGUUCCUCUGAGAUCUUUGUGUGUAUUUCUUGGGAACCUUGAAGCAAGCAGGAAUGAUGAAGGCCUGAGAUCCAGAAGAUUGAGGGUAGGCAGGGUAGGCAGCAUGCUAGUGGUGUCCCCUAUCUCUCAAGGAUGAUGAUGGAAUGGCCAGGAGCUCUCUGGAGCAGGUCACAAGGCCAUUUCUUCUGGUCAUCCUCUGGUGGCUGGUCUGAUGCACCAAGAACCAGGUGAAGACAGGAAGAACCCCAUCAUCCACAGUGGAUAUGUAAGAAUCAGACUGCCAGGGAGUGGCAAAGGGCGGCCCAGGGACACUCCAACCCCAAGGGUCAAAGAUCUGGAGUCUAUAAUGAGUGGAACCCUGUGCUGCCUGUGGGCACAUUUACCCUUACAAUGAAAGACCCAGAGCAUAUUUUCCUCACAUGGAAUUCUGGCCUCUAUCACCUGACCUCAUCUUGACAUGGACAAACCUGGGAUCUCAGGCCCCUUGUCCUAAAGGCCCAGGCUCCAGCCCCGUGCCACUGUCACAAAAGAUCCCAAAGUGGAGGUAAAAGUUUCCUUUACCAAAAGGCAAGUCUAUUUAAAGCACAAUGAAGGAGAAGAGUUCCACCCAGGGAUUAAAUCUUUGGGGGCAUCCUUUGUGACUGAGAACAGAAUCGGGGCUGGUGAUAGUUUUUUAAGUGACUAUGAGGUAAGAGCCAGAGUCCUCCAUCUGUUAUUCUAGACCCUCCAUGAUCUGGUCCCGCUGACCUUGUUGGCCACCUCUCAUGUCUCCCAUUAUGGAAUCUCUCAUCUCUCACCUCUCAUCUCUCCCAGAUGGAAUUGUAUUUGUCACUUCUAGAAUAAACAGGAUGUUUUACAUCUGCUACUCCCUAGACCUGGAAACUCCCUUCUCUUCCCCCUAACAGCUCAUCCUGUGAGGAUCAACCCAGAUAGCACCUCCUCCAGGAAGCCCCCUCUGAUGGCUUUGUGCUUUCACAGCAUCUGUCACAAUACCCACUUCCAUGUAUUGUGACUGUCAUUGUGAAUUGGUUCCUCUAUGAGACUGAAAGUGACUAGCAGGCAGGGGUCCCAUGAAUUUGUCUUUGUAUCCUCCUCUGGCACAAAGGUGGUUCUCAGUAGAUGCAGAGAGAGGCAAAGAGAGAGGGGAGGAAGCAGAGAGAAAUGAAUGAAGGUAGGAAAGAAGGAGAAAGACUUAGCUCUGCCGGUGGGAGAACUUCCACCAAGCCCAAGCUGGUGGAGGAUGGUGCCCUGAGGGGGCAGUUUCCUGUCAGUGGAGGUGUUCCGUCCCCACUGACGGGAGACGUGGUAGGCGAAUUGACGUCUUGGCACAGCACUGGUGUAGAUGACAUGGAGGGUGCCUCUUGGCUCAGUAAGGCUCAGGUUCUUUGAACAGUGUUAUUUUUACAAAAAUUCAUCUCUGCAGCCAAAAAUAGCACUCCAGCUGGCUGUCUAAACCAGUAGGGUUCAGGACUCAGUCCAGCCUCCCCCUCACCCCAAUCCCAUUCUACAACUGCCCGGCCAGGUCCCCAUGAACUGGCAAGGUUGCCUGUUGCCCUGGGCAUGGGAACCUCUGGAAGGGGUGGGGGGCAGGACUGGAACCCAGGCCCUCAGGCCCAACCCAGAGCUCCUUCUCUUCCUGCCCGCAACCCUGGAAGAGAAGAGAAGGUUCACAAGAACUUACUGGUCCCUACCUGACCCUUUCCAAGGAGUAUCAGCUCUCCACAGCCUUUCUUCAAAGGCAAGCUGGGCUUUUCCUCCCCAGAGGUACUCUGGGUACCCCUUCGACUUGCUGGUGACCUUGGGCAAGUCUCUGCCCCUCCCUGAGCCUCCAUUUCCUCAUCUGUCACAUGGAGAUCUUGCUUUCUGGGACUGGAAUGGGGAUCCAUGAAAGUGAAGCUCAGCUCCUUCAGGCUCAAGGCUGAGCUGUCUCCCAGGAACCAUGACUCCCGCACAGGGGCAGGGCAUGUAGCAGACAGGAAAGACCAUGGAGUAGCAGGCCCCUUCCACCCCAAGUCUUGCUGUAGGGAAAGUGGGUUUUGAACAGGAUCCAAGUCUAAGGUGUCUCCCAUGAGCGGCCAGAGACAAAUAGCUCUCAGACUCCUUGGGUCCCUGGUGGCUGGGGUGGGCAGGGGCCACCUCUUGGUCAAAGGUGGCUAUAGCCCCAAAGAGGAGAGGCCGGAGCCCCUGCCCCUUCCUGAGCCCACAGAGACUGCCGAUGGCCUCCCAGUUUGCCUCGCCAUGCCCUGCGGGCUUCAGUCCUUGAUGUAUUUGGAAGGUGCUCACAAUGUUCUUUGACCACCUCUUCCCUCGCCGCUGUGAAUUGUCAUGGAGAGUUCUUUAAGAGUAUAAUAGAAGACAAAGAAAGAUGCUAUUAAUGUUAUUUUGCCAAAAAAAUAUUUUUGUAGCAUAAUAUAUUAAUAAAAGACAUUAUGAACUCAA